AGAGAAUCUUUCUGUGUUUACCCCGUGGGUCUGUUUGUGCGAUCAAGAAAAUGGUCUACAAGUAGAAACCUCACGUGCAACAGAGCUGUAGCUUUUUGUUUGUAUGAACAAUCCUCAUCGAGAUUUCAAGAAAAGGGAAGGAGGGAUCAGCUUUGUUCAUAACUUGAUCUUAAAAAGGGUCACUUUGUUUGCUCUGUUAUGAACUUAGUGCAAAGUUUCUUUCUCCCUUUAUUUUUCUUUCCCAAAACUCUUCUUAUUUAGCACUAAUCAUUGAACCUCCAUCUUCUAAUUUUCUCUGCCAACACUUUUCUUAAGUAGUACCUAUUCUCAGAUUAGAUCUUCAGCCUAAACUUUCCCUUUAAGCCUCUUACAUCACUACUCUCUUCCUUUUGUUUUUCUCUCUCAAACUUUUUCUCUGCUUUAGUAGUGUUUCCUUUGUGAGGUACAAGAGUCCUCUUCUUACCUAACAAUUUCAACAUUUUUCAACAAAAAGUGAUAAAUAAUGGCCUUAGAGGCAGUGGUUUUCCCACAAGAUCCAUUCACAUACAAUUACAAAGAUUACUUGUACUCUUUAGUUGGAGGAAACCCUCCAAGUGAAGGAUCAAACUGGAACCGCCACGAAUACGGUUCCUUUGCAGAAGAAGAGAAAGCACUUCUGGGAAUCAUCAACAGUAACAUAGAGCACAAUCUCCAUGCAAAUUGGGACUCUUCUACUUCUCCUUCAGUGGUUCAAAAUGUCAAAGAUCAAUGCGAUUCACACUCAUCCCCAGAGGCAUGCAUCAUCGAUUAUUCCUCGCCCGGAACUGACAAUCUUCCUCCUUCCAUCACCACUGCGGCCACCGUCACCGGUCGGCGUAAAAGGCGCCGUACCAAGAGUGCGAAGAAUCAGGAGGACAUCGAAAACCAGAGGAUGACUCACAUUGCAGUUGAGCGCAAUCGAAGGAAACAGAUGAAUGAGUACCUAGCUGUGCUCAGAUCCUUGAUGCCUCCUUCUUAUGUACAAAGGGGUGAUCAAGCUUCUAUCAUUGGAGGUGCCAUUAACUUUGUGAAGGAGCUAGAGCAGCUUCUACAAUGCAUGAAGGGGCGAAACAUCAAAACAAAGGAACAACAACAACAAUGGCAUGAAGAUGGUUCAUCUUCAUCGCCCUUUGCUGAGUUCUUCAUGUUCCCUCAGUACUCUACACGUGCAACAUCGGAGGGCAGCACGAGCUAUCCCAACACGUGCUGCGAGGCAACGGUGGCACAGAACCAGAACCGGCCACCUGCCGCGGCGGACAUAGAGGUGACCUUGGUGGAUGGUCAUGCCAAUAUUAAGAUACUGUCAAAGAAGCAACCCGGGCAGCUUGUGAAGAUGGUUCUUGGGAUGCAAAGUCUUGGUUUCAUCAUUCUCCAUCUUAAUGUUACUACUGUGGAAGAUAUGGUACUUGCUUCUGUUAGUGUGAAGGUAGAGGAAGGAUGUGAGCUGAACACAGUGGAUGAAAUUGCAGCUGCUAUGAAUCAAUUAUCAAGCACAGUUCAAGAAGAAGCUGCUAGUUUCUGCUGAAUUAAAUUUUGAAGAAAUAUUAUUAAAGCCUUUCUAUCCUCUAUUUUUUUUUCCUUUAUCAGCUUGUAACCUCUAUUGUCAACAACUGUGCAAAACUAGUAUCAAAAUCCUAGUAGAGAAAUCACAUUAAUAUAUAAUAAGGGAUAGUAGUGUGUACAUGCAUCUACAUUUCAAUAAGCUAGAAGGAGAUGCUUAAUAAUAGAGUAAUAUAUAGUAUAGGUUUUGUUCUGCUCUCCCAGCUACCAGAAAUUAGCCUGGGAACAAAACAGACAAUCGGAAGCGACACGCAAUUUGUGUUGUGGGGGCUACCUGCUCGAAGCGUCUAUCCACUUGUGAAUUAUUAGCCUUUUUUCAAGAGAACAAGCAUCAUUUUAUCUUUUGAAAUUGAAUAAGCAUCUUAAUUUCAUUGGAA